GUACCUGUGCCUGAGUGCAUAAAUCAUUUGCAUAUCCUUGCGAAAUGAAUCAAGUGCAUAUUCAAUUAAUCAGCAAAAAUUAAAAAAUUUAAAUAAAAAAUCAUUUUUAAAUGAGCUGCAACAAGUGCCAUGCAAAUAAUGCUGAAAUAAAUCAAUUUUUAAAUCAUUUUGUGCCUUGAACUUGUCCCUGACUUGUGUGACCUACAACCAACAACAAAAAAAAAAGAUAAAAGAAAAUUAAAAAUAAAUACAAAAAAUUUAAUUGAAUUAAUAAAUUUGUAGCAAAAAGCAUUUUUGCUCUCUUCGUUUUGUGAGUUUGCAUUGAUGCUAAAAAUUCAGCUUAAAUGCAUACGGAUAUUAUAAUUGGUGAUCAAUUUGCCACCAACAACAACUUCUGGGUGAUGCAGUCCCCGGAACUGGAUUAUCAGCUGAUGGGACGUCUGCAUAAGAUUGAGCCGGCCGAUGUUGAACUGGAAGUGUUGGCAGCGGCUGCUGCUGCAUCCAACAACAACAACAACAAUAGUACGAAUAACAACAACAACAACAACAGCAGCAGCAACGACAGCCAAACGGGGAACAACAACAACAACAACAAUUCGGCAGCCUCACAACAUCAUCACCAUCAUCAGUUCCAUCAUCAUCACCUGCAUUCGCAUCAUCAUUCGCAUUCGCAUGCGCAUCAUCAUCAGCAUCAUCAUCAGCAUUUGCAUCACAGUCUCCAGAGCGGCGAGAGUGGAGCAGCUUUAGAUGCUUGGCAGCUAGCUGCCUCCAGCUAUGCCAGCGAUCAGCAACAACAACAGCAACAACAACAACCCGCCAUCUCGCCCAAUUCCAAUUCAAAUUCCGCCUAUGGAUGCGCACCUCUCUACGAUGGAGCGCCCUACGAUGUGGCACUUGGGUAUGCCGGGGCGACGGGCAACGGCGCGGGGGGCAAUCCAGCAUCUGCCAGCAGCGCCGAGAAGGAGUAUCUAUAUGAAACCAAAAACAAAGAGGCUCUCUUCGGCGAUCCCCUCGACGAUCCAUAUCAACGGCCAGCGCUGUGGGAUGAUAUUGCCACCUCAAUACAGAAUAUUGAUCCAGAGAAUGCGCUGAUGCUGAGUGCCAGCAAUGCGGUGGCACACGGCAGCAACAGCAGCGACAAUCCAGCGGCAGCGGCAGCAACACAACAACAGCAGCAACAGUUGCUGCCACAGGUCAAAAUGGAAGCAAUAGAUGAAACUCUGCUCGAAACUUUCUCGACACCAAUGCUCAGUCCCAUGGAGAUAAAAACUGAAAAGCAGCAGCGACAACAGCAACAGCAACACCAGCAGCAACAACAACAACACCAUCAGCAGCAGCAGCAACAGCAACAACAACAUUACCAUCAGCAGCAGCAGCAGCAACACUAUCAGCAACAUUAUCAACAACAGCAGCAACACUUGUACCAGCAUCAUCCGAGUCUCUCGUUGCCUGGCCUGCCACCCGCUGCUGAAGUUGUUGAGCUGCAGCUGCAUCAGCAACAGCAGCAGCAGCAACAUCAGCACAGUGGCAGCAACAGCCCAAAGCAAACGCAAGCGGGCAACGACAGCAGCAACUCCUAUCAGCAACAAUACGCAUCUCAGCUGAGCAGCGCAUCAGCCGCUGGCUAUCUGAACAGUAGCAGCAACAACAACAGCAGCAGCAGCAAUAGCAAUGUGUCUGGUGGCACCAGCAGCAACAGUAGCAACAACAACAGCAGCAACAGCAUCGUCACCAGCAGCAGCAGCAGCAACAGCUAUGGCUACAGCUGGCACAGCAGUCAGACAUUUCACACCAAAUACCAAAUACACCCGCCAUCAGCAGCUGUCACAGCGUCACCAAACACUGCCACGCCCACAGCUCAACAUCUACUACAACAGCAGCAACAACAACAACAGCAGCAACAACAGUUGCAGCUUUGUCCACCGGCUGCGCCCAGCACGCCCUCGGUUAGCUCUGCCUCCUCAUCGGCGGGCAGCGCCUCCUCGAACUCGUCGAGCUCCAACUCGACGCGCCACAUGUUCGUGCCCCCGCUGACGCCGCCCAGCUCAGAUCCCGGCAGUCCAGGCGCCUCCAUGGUGGCUGCUGCUGCUGCCGUUGCUCAGGCCCAGAGACGCAGCACGCCACCGCCGCCCUAUCAGCAGGGACACGGAUUGGUUGGCCUGUGUCCCAGUCUGGUCAAUCCGGCGCCUACGUUGCAGCUGCUAGGCGCUACCACGCCCACUACGCUCACCACUCUCACGCCCGCCCAUGCAGCAACUGCCGCCGCAGCAGCAGCAGCUCAACAACAACAACAGCAGCAGCAACAACAACAACAGACUGUGUCACAGCCACCGCCACCUCCAAGCAGCGGAGGAGGAGGAAGCGGAGGAGGAGGAGGAGGACGACGUGGCAGGCACUCGCAUCAUCAGCCAGGGACGCCAGCUCACAUCGCCAGUCUGAUGAGCGUGCGCACUGUGCGCUAUAAUCGACGCAAUAAUCCUGAGCUGGAGAAGCGACGCAUCCAUCACUGUGAUUUUGUGGGUUGUUCCAAGGUGUAUACGAAGAGCUCACAUUUGAAGGCGCAUCAAAGGAUACACACUGGUGAAAAACCCUACACGUGCCAGUGGCCUGAAUGCGAAUGGCGCUUCGCUCGCUCCGAUGAACUGACGCGACAUUAUCGCAAACACACUGGCGCCAAGCCCUUCAAGUGCAUCGUCUGUGAGCGCAGCUUUGCGCGAAGUGAUCAUCUGGCACUCCACAUGAAGCGCCACAUGCCCAAGAAUAAGUGAGGAGAGGCAGCAGCAGAAGGAAAGGAAGUUGGAGGAGGAGUCGCUGCAGCAGCUAGCAGCUACAAAUCAACUAUAUCACAAUCCAAAGGACUUUAGUUAAGAUAAAUUUGAAAAAUAAAAAAAAGAAUUGUUUAGUAAAUGGUUACUACUACAUAUUAAUAAUAAUAAUAAUAUAAAUAAUCACAACCUGAAUACUAAUUAAUGUAAGAAGUAAAGUAUAGAAGGCAUUCGAGUUCAGCUUUACGCCAAUUGUGCCUCAGCCUGAUCCCAGCUCUCUAGAUAUUGGCUCGAUCUACCGAAAAGAGAGCAAAGUAUCUCUUUUCGCUCGCUCUUUCUUGCAAAACUCAAGCGUAUUUUAAGUAAAUGAAAUUUCCACCUGCUUAACUACUACAUUUAAAUGCAAAUCUAAAUCUAAGCACCAAAAUCCUAACCAACGACAACUCAUCACACACAAAAAA